AUGCUAAUUUAAUAAAGACAACCACUCAUUUAAUUUGAUGAUUUUAAAUCAUUUAUGGGUAGUUAAUGGAUUAAGAUUAAUUAUUUAAGUCAAACUCAAUCUAUUUAAUGCCCUAAUGAUUUUGUAAAUUGUGUUGACCACAACAAAGAAAGAAUUUAAAUUGACUAAGAACAAUUAGCAAAGUUCUAAACCUCUAACUAGAAAAUAAUGAUAAUCACAUUCUUCAUUUAUGGAUAUCACAUCACUUAUAUCGAAAAAUAACAAUUUCGUUAUAAUUUCUUCAAAAAGUUUAUCUAAGCAAUAGAUAAAAUCGAAAUUAAAAGUCUCGAAAACUUAUAAUAGAUAAUUGAACCUUAGCAUCCUAUUUGCAAAUCAAUUUUACUUGAAUGCAUAAUAAUGCUUCUUCAUCAAUCAAGUUAAUUAUUAGAAAUAAAUCAAUAAAAUGAAAUAGAAGAAUAUGAUGAUGAUUAUACUACUAUACCUGAAAGCAAACUAUUUUAUAAAUAGGCUUAUAUACAUUUAGUAAAUUAAAUGAAAGAUGUUUUGUUUAAAUGUUACAAUGAAGGAUAAAUCUUAAUCUAAAUAUUCAUCAACUAAUUAUUUUAGAGUGAGGAACUAUGUUAAAAGAUACCAAAAGAAUAUGCAAUUAAAAUUCGUUAUUAUGAUACAAAGUUUAUAAUUGAUUUGAUGCAAGAAUAUAUUGAUUGUUCUGAUAAGUUAAUUCAUGUUACAAGAUUAUUAAUCAAAUAGACAUUUCUUUAGAAUCAAGAAAGCUAAGGUAAAAUAUCAUAUCAAAUAUUUUCUAAUUUAUAGAAAUUGAAUGAUAAAACAUAUUUAUGUCUAUAGGCUUUAAAAAUUUGGUUGAAUUCUAAAAACUUAACUGUCUUUUAAUAAAUUAGAUAGUUUUUAGAAAAUACAUUUGAGAAUUCUAAUUUUAGCUAUGAGUAUGAUUAAUAAUGUAUCGAUAUAUCAUUUGAAAUAUUAAGUAAAUUAUAUUAAUAUAUAUAUAAUAGCUAAUAUUAAAUCUUAGGCAUUUAUAAAUGGCACAAAUUAUACUGAAUAAUUAUUAUAGGAGUUAAUAUAUAUAUUUGAUAUAAUAUGGAUAACUUUGGAAUCUCAAACUUGUAAUCAACUUUUUGUUUAAAAGUAUGAUUUUUGGUUAAGUUAUAUUAAUGGUUUAAAUGAACUCCUUAUUUCUUUGACACCCGUUUCAAAAUAAUCAAAUGAUAUAAAAAGAUGUGCUGGUCUAUUUGUUAUUUUACGUUAUCAUCAGAAUAUUUAAAAUUAUGUAUCAUCUUCAACUAUUUUAUUUCAUUUUAUUGAUCAACUCUAUCCAUUAGAUUAGAGUCUAAUUAAAUAAAGCAUUUUACUCUAAAAUUUGAUUAAAUCAUCUAUUGAAUUUAUAGUGGAUCCAUCUCUAGCAUAAAAUGAAGGAAUAAUGACAACAAUAGAAAAAGUCUUAAGAUAAGUAUAAUUUAUAAGUCCAUAUUUUAAAUAAAAGAUAUUUCAAUAUAUUUGGACUAAAUUGAAUCCUGAAGAUAGAUUUUACUUAUAAGUAUUAUAAAUGGUAGUAACCUUAUAUUUAGAAAAUGAAGAUCAUUCAUUAGGAACUAGAAAUAGUUUUUUUAUUUCAAUAUUAGAAAUGGAAAGUUAAAAGAAGAUUGUUCAUCCAUAAAAAUUUCAUGCUUUACUUUAAAUAUGUUAAUACUUAUGUCUAGAAAAUGCUUAAAUAAAUAUGGAAUAAAUAUUUUCUUAACAUGAUCCAUAUGCUAAUUGUUUAUAUUUUAAGUAAUUUAAAAUUAAGAGAAGUUUCUAAGAUUUUUUUUAAGUUAAUAAUUAUUAUAAUUUAAUAAUAAAUUUAAUUUCUGGGAUUAGUAAUACUACAAAUUUAGUAUAUUAAUUAAAAGAGUUUAUUAAAUUAUUAUGGUUAUUAACUGAAGGAUUAAAAUUAUGUUAGAUUGAUUUUGCUGAUGAUUUUAUUUCAUAUUUAGAAUAAAAACUAUAUUUAUUUACAGAUGAUUAAAUGAGAGAACUUAUUGAACUUCUAUUUGAUUGUUCAGUUUCUAUGAUAAGUAGAUUUAUAAGAUUAAAGAAUGCAACUAAUACAGCUGAAUAAUAUGGAGAGAUAAUUAUAUAAAAUGAAUUCUGUUUAAAAGUAAAUAAAUUGAUAUUUAUUAAGGUUCUUGUUGAAACAUUUCUAUUUAAUACAACUCCUUCAGAAUAAUUAAGACUUAAAUGUCUAUAAUUCUUAGGUAUACUAAUUUCCAUGAAUGAUUAUAAUAAGAUGAUAUUUAGAGAAGCUAUUAGAUUAUCAGUAUAAAAUCUUAAAUUAUAAUUAGAACUUUUUAUUAUGUAUGAGAAAUUAGAAAAAUAAGAAUUUAUAAAAAUCUAUGGAAGAAGUAUUAAAAAGAUCAUUAUCAUUCAUUAGAAAUGAUUAAAUUUAAAAAUUAAUCUAAAAUGCACCUAAAGAAUCAUAAAAAAAUAAAGUUUUUAGAUAAUCUGCAUUUUCAUAAUAUGUAGGAACUACUUUAGAAAAUCUAUCAAAUAGUGGUUCUGAAACUAAAUUUAAAAGAUAAUUUUAGUUAUUAGGAAAGGAUAGUGGAAUUAUAAUUAAAAAUUACAAAGAUAUAUGUAUAAAUAAAUCAUGGAAAUCUUUUACAAUUUUAAUGGAAUUCAAAAGGGAAGGUUUUCAUUUUAUUAAUUCAAAUGCAAAAUCAUUGGAUGAAAUUUAUAAAAAAGAAUAGAUUUUAUUUGCAUAUACUGGACAUAUAGAGAGACAAGAUAAAGGUGGUCAUUAAGGAACAUCUUAAAAAUAAAAUAUUGUCUAAGUUGAUUUAAUAAUAGUUUCAUUAAUUAAUUAAUUUUUAUAUCAAGAAGAAUAAUAAAAUUUAAAUCCUCUUGAUAAUUAUAUAAAAAUUGCAAUACUUAAUUCAGAAUAAUAAAUGUAAGAAUUUACAAUUAUUUACACAUAAUAAUCAAAAGAUGAAACUAUAUUACUUAUGUUUAUGUUUGAUGAUAGACAUAAAGGAAAAUUUAAUAUAAAUAUUUAAAAUUAGGUUAAGAAAUCUUUUUAAAUUAAACCAUUUUUAUCAGAAUAUAUCAAAAAGCAUUCUGAUAAACAUCCUCUUAGUGUUAAUAUAGGUUCUUAUUAUUCAAAUUAAUAAUUUUAAAGAACAUUUUAAGGAAUCAUAAAUAAUUUUAUAUUUAUUGAGAAUAUUUUAUUGGAUAAAUAAAUUGAAUCAAUAUAUACAAGAAAUUAAACUAAUUUAGUAGAAGCAGUUGAAAAGGAGACUAUGAAUUUUGGAGUUGAUGAAAUUUAAAGUAUUAUUCAUUAUUAUUAUUUUAUUUAGGUAGAGAAAUGUAGUACUUAGAUUUUGAAAAAUUUAAAUCAAGUUUUUAAAUUGCUGAAAUUAAAGAUGUUUUAAAAAUUAUUAGAGCUUAGAAUAUAUAAGAUUAAAAUUUCAUUAUGAAUAUGAUUAAGAAAUAGAUAUAACAUAAGAUAACUUAUGAAUUAAAUUAAGAAGCUAAAGUAAUAUAUUAAGGGGCAAACAUUAUUGAAGAUACAAGUUUAGCUGAAGUUUUCUUAAGUUUAGAGAAUAUUGAAAUUAUUCUAUUCAUCAUAUCUAUUACAACUUAAACUUAUUUUGAUAUAGAACCAUAAGAAAGGAGAUCUUGUAAGUUAAGAAGUGUUAAAGUAGUUUUGUAAAAUGGAUUUAUUUCUAGUAAAGGAGUUUAUAAAAGAACAAAUUAUUUUGAUUCUUUAUCAAGAUCAUUAUUUUUUGUAAAGGAUUUAAGAAAAUGUAGAGAUGAUUAUGUAAAUUGUCAUUAAUUUCAAUUGAAUCUUAUGAAAUAAAAUAGUUCUGUAAUAUCUUUAGGUGAAUCUCCUGAAUAAUAAAGAUAAAAUUUUAUUUAGUUAGAAUCAGACAGUUCAAAUUCAAAUACUAAUUCAAUAAAAUUAGCUACUCAACAUCAAAUUAUUUCAUAAUAAAAUGUAGAUUAGAUUGAUUAAACUUCAUUAUUCAAUAUACCAAUUAUUUAAGUUUAAAACACAUUCUCUUAAGAAAUAUAAUCCCCUUUUGUUAUUAAAUCAAAUGAGUCUGAAUUCAAAUAGAAUUCUCCAGGUGAUGUACCAAAUAUUGAAACACCAAAUUAUGUUUCUUAAAAUGAGAAAUUUACAUUAGAGUAGUUUAAUAUAGAUAGAAAAGUUAAAUCUUAAUUUACUGGAAGAAAAAAUACAAGAAACUAUACAUGUAAUAUAUAAGCAAAAUAGGCAUAAUUAAUAAGCAAGAAUAUAUAAAAUAUGGCUGAAAUAUAGAGUGAUAAAAAUAUUGAUUGGCAUCAAUAAUAAUAGAGUGAAUCAAUAAUAAUGGAUUCUAAUUUAUAUCAUUGUGAAUGGAUUAGGGUAAAGAUGUAAAUAUAUGGUGAAUUAAAAAUAUUAGAAAAAGGAAAAAUCAUUUAAUUUUAAAGUGAUGGUUAAGAACGACCUGAUAAAGAAUUCUACAUAUAUGGAACAAUAGUAUUACAUUAUAUAAUAAUAUUAAUAGCCUUAUAAUUUAAAGAAAUUGAAGAAAAAGAAGAUUAUAAACACUUCAUAAAUUUUGGAAAUUUAAACUAGAAGAUAUUCAUAUAAAGAAAUUGCUAUAGAGAUAUUCUGCAAAAAUACCAAAUCUUAUUUUUUUGUUUUAUAUGAUUAAGAGAGAAGAACAUAAUUUUUGAAUUAAAUAAAAUAGAACAACUUUUUCAGUAUUGUAAUAGACAAAAGAGCAGGUAAUUAAUAGAUUUGAUGAAUUUUUAGAAUUUUAAGCAAAAGAAUAUACAAAAAAAUGGGUGAAAGGAAAAUUAUCUAAUUUUGAAUAUUUAAUGUUAAUUAAUAAAUAUUCUGGAAGAUCAUUUAAUGAUUUAAAUUAAUAUCCAAUAUUUCCAUGGGUUAUUAGUGAUUAUAAAAGCAGGACUAUUGAUUUAGUAAUUAAAUUAAUUAUUAUUAAAAUAGAAUAAAAGAGAAACUUAUAGAGAUUUAGAAAAGAUGAUAAGUACUUCAAAUGAAGAAAGAUUAAAAAAUUGUAAAAUUAGAGCUGAAUCUCUAAAAUAAACUUAGAAUGAAUAUUUUUUAUUUGGAUCUCAUUAUAGUGUAGCUGCAUAAAUAAUUAAUACACUUGUUAGAAUAGAACCAUUUACAACAUUAUCUUGUGAAUUACAAGAUGGAAAAUUAGAUUAACCUGAUAGAAUAUUUUUCUCAAUUUCUAAUAUUUGGGAAUCUUGUUAAAAUGAUAAUUAAGAUUAUAGAGAAUUAAUUCCAGAAUAUUUUUACUUACCAGAAUUUCUGAAGAAUAUUAAUAAAAUAUAGUUUGGUUAAAGAUAGAAUUAAGAAUAAGUAGAUGAUGUUGUAUUACCUCCAUGGGCUUCUAGUUGUGAAGAGUUUAUUGAAAUUAAUAGAUAGGCACUUGAAUCAAGUUAUGUAAAUGAAAAAUUGCAUAAUUGGAUUAAUUUAAUUUUUGGACCAUAUGCCUCUGGUGAAGAAGCAAGAAAAAGGGAUAAUUUAUAUCAUUGGUUAACCUAUGAUUCAUGUUUAACAUACUUAGAUAAAUUGCCAAGUUAAGAACGAUUGGGAUAUUUAGCUUAAAUAUAGUAGUUUGGUUAAGUACCUUUUUAAUUAUUUACAAAACCACAUUGGCCUAAAUAAAAAUAAGAGUAGAAUCUAUUUUCACCUAUGAACUUAAUUAAACUUUUAAGUGAAAGAAAAUCUCUUAAUUCUAAAAGAAUAAUUAAGUUUGAUAAAAGAGUUGCUAUAAAAAUCUAUAAAGAAAGUGAAAAUUUACAUGUUCUAUUGAAUGAUAAAUAAGUUUAUAAAUUAAAGUAUUCAUAUUAAAAUAUUUUAGAUUUAAUAGUAAUUAAGAGAGAAGAGAUAGUGAAGAAAAAUUAGCAAAUGCAUCAUCAUUUUCUAUUAGAGGAAAUGAGAAACUCCAUUCAAAAGUAUUAUAAUUUUAAUUUGAUGACCAUGUUCUAUUUGUUUGUGGAUAUUUAAGUGGAGCAGUUUAUAUCUAUAAUUUACUAGUUGAUAAAUCUUAAUAAGCUUAGAUAAGUCAUAAAAUCAAAUUACAUAAAAAAAGAGUCACUUGUUUAUCAUAUUCCCCUAAAUUGAAAAUACUAUGUUUGGGUGCAAAAGACAAUAGAGUGACUAUUUGGAAAGCCAUUCAUUCUAAUGAUAAAUAAAUUUCAUUCUUAUAAACUCCUUCUUUAAUUCUAUAUGGUCAUGAUAAAACCAUUAAAUGUGUUCAUAUUGAUGAUACUUUAUAAGUUGUAGUAAGUUUGGAUAAAAUUGGGAAAUUAUAAAUUCAUUCUAUUAUAUCUGGAUUAUUUUUAAAUGAUAUUAAACUUGAUUUAGUAGAGGGUGAAAGAGUAUAAAAUAUAGUAUCAAAUGGAAAUGGAUUAAUAGUAUUAUACACUACAAAUAACUAAAUUAUAGCUACCAGGUAUUAUAUAAAUAAUAAUAUUGCUAGAAUUAAUGGUUUGAAUAUUUAGAGAUAUUCUUACAAUAAUAUGGGUAGUAUAACUUAAAUUAGUAUAUAUUUAUAAUCUCAUUUAUUGGUGUCUACUCUAAAAGGCGAAAUACUUAUAAUAUAAGAUAUAGCCAGUCUACCAGAUUAACCUCCUAUAUUUUUCCAUUUGUAUCAAAAUACAUCCAAUAUAGGAAUUAAGACAUUUUGUUAAUGUAUUUUAACUUGAAUAUCAAUUAGUUAUGGAGAAUGAAGCUUUUAUCUUAUUAGCAAGUUUGAUGGAUGGAUCAUUAUAUAGAUUUGUUAUAAGUUGCGAAUAAAGUAAAAUUGAUAAUUUAUUUAAUAGACGUUGAAUUUUAUCAUUAUUUAGGCAAGUUAGGAAUGUGA